AUGUCGUCUGGUUACGGCUUGACUGGAGGCCCCGGCCGCUGCUUUCCCUUCUGGCAGGAGAUGCUCGCCUGCUACGUCGUCAACACAAACUCCGAGGACGGCUCAGGCAAGAAGAAGUGCGCUCCCAUGCUCGAGGACUACUACGAGUGCCUACACCACCGCAAAGAGGCCGCUCGUGUCCACGCUCUCCAAUCCGCAUACCGCAAGCACCUCGCCGCAAACCCCAGAGACGACGCCCCUUCGGCCGGUCAAAUAAGGAGUCUGGGUCUGAUUGAGGGCUCGCUCGAGGAGAAGGACAUGAAGCCCGCUGCUCUGCUCCCUCACGUCAAGACCAACUAA